UCGAUCGCGCGAGUCACGGCCGUCGACGCUUCUCAGUGUCGAUCGUGCGCGCUCUCGAGCACCAUGACAAAAUUGACCGUUUUCGCCUUUUUUCAAUUAUCUCUACUAACUUAUUUGAUAUGGAAUCAAGUCAGUGCGAAACCUCGAGUGAUUCGGGACGUCGCCGAGGACGCGGAGUUGUUCGAGCGAGUCUUUGGUGCGCCGAAAAACGACGACGAGGAUCGGGAAGCGGAAGCUGAGUCAGUGCCGAGCGGCUGCAGCGUGGCCUUGAACUUCAGUCACCUGCGAAUCGGGCCGAUUCUGCAUCCGCGCUUCGUCGCCAGUCCGCACGUGACACGAUUGACUCUGCGCAACGCCAGUCUGCAGUCCUUCUCCUUGGGCGCCUUCGCGGAUCUGCCGAAUCUCGAGCAGCUCGACGCGUCCUGGAACAAUCUCAGCGUCCAAACGAUGUUCUCGUUCGGCAGUCAUCCGUCGUUGCGCGAGCUCGUUCUCAGCGACAAUCGGCGCGACGACGACUCGGCCGACGAGCGCCAGUACAGUCCCUACUCGAUCGAGUACUACACGUCGACGCCCAAGCCGCCGAUCGAGCCGCUGCGCCACGAGUAUCCGCGGCUAAGGCAGCUCCACCUGCGCAACGUCAGCUCCUAUCCGGCCUUUGGCAAUUGGAGCCAGAGCUUCCCGCGGCUGGAGCUGCUCGACAUCGCCGGCAACGAUUUCGUCGUCGACCAGGACAGGAUUUUCGCGGACUUGCCGCGCACGCUGCGAACUCUCACGGCGCGACGGGCCGGCCUCCAUCGAGUCGAUCUGCGGGAUUUGUUGUCGCUUCGCGAGCUCGAUCUCGACGGCAACGUUUUCGAGGACGUCUGCGACAAGUACUGCGCCGAGUUCGUGCGCAACAAUCGCCUCAAGAUCGAGAAUCUACCCAGUCUGGAAAAAUUGAUCCUCUCCAACUGCUACAUUCGCACCCUUCACUCGAACGCCUUCAGCGAUCUCGCAAAAUUGAGCGCGCUCGAUCUGUCGUCCAACAGCAUCCUCGAGGUGCCCGACACGCUGUUCGAUCGCACUCCUUCCUUGAAAUUCCUGAAUCUCAGUCACAACUCGCUGGCGUCGAUCGACUUUCUACGGGACCGAACGUCGCUGGAAAUUUUGAUUCUCGCGGAUAUGAAGGAUCGCGCGCCCAUCUCCUCGGACGUGCUGCGAACUCUGGGCAACUUGAAAGUUUUGUCGCUGAGCAAUAACGCGCUGAGCGAGGUGCCCGCGAGAUUCCUGAACAAUUUGCCGGAGCUGAGGGAGCUCGACUUGAGCCAUAAUCAGCUGAGCGCGCUGCCCUAUUGGGAGAAUUUCGAGAAGCUCGAGCGGCUGAAUCUCAGGAAUAAUAAGUUUGUCGCUAUCGACGAUUUGCCCGUGGCGAGAGCUUUUAAUCUGAAAUUAUUGAUCGUGGGUCAGAAUCCGUUGGGCAGUAUCAAAUCGAGAUCGCUGAUCAAUUUGCCCGACGACUCCUUCAUAAGUCUGUUGUGAAUUUGUUGGAGCAACGGAAAAAGAAAUAAAAUUGGAAUUCAUGCAGUAUCUUUAUGGAGAGACGAUAUCGCGAUCGAGUAAUAAAUACCGGAAAAUUGAAGCAGCUCCUCCAUUAUCCAAGAAGUGGAAUAUAUAUCACGAACCUUUUUCUAGCACCUCUAUACCCACCACAGCCUUCCCGCACCACCUCCUCCCAUCGAUAUAAUAAUGAUGGCUUCUGCACGAACUGCCAGAGCUAUCUCCUGUACAGGCGGCGGGGGUAUCUGAAAAGUAUUACGCUUUUCAUAUUUCAUUCGCUCGCGCAGUUUUCCAAAGACUUGUCUCGAGAGUCGUAGCUGCGAGGCCGUUCGAGUUGAAAAAUCGUUUCUUCGUGCCCCCCCGCCGCCGCCGCGCGCGCUCGCUCGUUCGUACCUCGCGAAUCAUCUGUUUUUGAAACGGUGUAUUGUAUAUAAGGAAGGAGGAAAAAAAAACCACAUUUUUUAGCUUCUCUUUCCUCCUCUUUGUGCGCGCGCCUUCGUGUAUAAUAAGACUCCGAGAGAAAAUGUUCUUACUUAAUUUUUUCUUACUGGCAAAAUUUUUUUUUAUAGUUGAGUUAAUAG